AUGCACGUGAAACUGCUGAACUUUUUCACAAAACCUACCCUCAAUUCACGUUUUCACCAACAGUUCAUAAAAUUCUUUACCAUGGACAUGAGUACAUGAAACAAUUUCCUUUCAUUCCAGUAGGAGCAUUGAGUGAAGAACCACAAGAAGCCCGCAACAAAGAUUUUAAAAGAUAUCGUACAGACUUCUCAAGAAAGAUUUCUCGGAAAGACACUUUAGAAGAUAUUUUUAACAGAUUUAUGUUAACAUCUGAUCCUCUAUUUUUUUUCUUAUUCAAGAAAUUUCAGUUGUCAUCAAAGACAACAAAAAAGGAUGAAAAUGUACACCUACCUCUAGAUUUUCUCAAUGAGGAAACUUCUGUUAACAAUGCCAUGAUGGGUGUGGGGUACGAUAUGAGUUCUGACGAGGACAAUUCUACAAGUAAUGAUGAAGAUGACGAAAUUACUAAUGAGUUUGAAGAUGGCGUUUUUUAACUAGUGAUUCAUAUUGUUGCGGACCGGUGUGGACUCGACCUAACCUAACUAUAUGGCCCGCCCUCGGAUGACCUUAACAU